AUGAAGGUUUCCACUACCGUGAUGAUGGCCAUUCUCUUGGCCUUGGCAUUGUCAACUUUCGUAGUUGCCUCAAGUCCAUUUGAUUCUUUGGCAGAUGCCAUUGUCGAAGCUAUCUAUGUCAGAAGAUUGCCAAGAUCAAACUCAUACGGAAGAUCCAGAUCUACCAGAAGCAGUGGCAGAUCUACCAGAGGAGGAAGAUCCACCAGAUCCACUUCUAGAAGCAGUGGAAGAUCAACUCGUGGUGGUAAGUCAACUAGAGGAGGAAAAUCCAACAGAGGUGGUAAAUCUGGUAAAUCAGGCAAAUCUGGUAAAUCUGGAAAAUCUGGAAAAUCUGGAAAAUCAGGUAAAUCAGGUAAAUCUGGUAAGGGUAAGAAGGGUAAAUCUGGAAAAUCUGGAAAAUCAGGUAAGGGUGGUAAAUCUGGAAAAUCAGGAAAGGGAAAGAAGGAUAAGAAGAAUGGAAAAGGAAAGAAGGAUAAGAAGAAUAAGAAAGAUAAGAAAGACAAGAAGGAUAAAAAGAAUAAGAAGGACAAGAAGGACAAGAAGAAUCAACAAGGUCAACAAAAUGGUGAAAAUCCACAACAAGAAAAUGGUCAACCUCAAAAUUCUGAAAAUCCACAACAAGAAGCUCCACCACAACAAGAAAAUGGUCAACAAAAUGGAGAAAAUCAACAACCAGAACAACCAGAACAAUCUCAACAAGAACAACAACCACAAAAUGAAGCUCAAACCAUGAAUAAUAAUGAAGGAAGUUGUGGACAACAAUAUCCAUCAUUCAAACAAUGUGGUCAAUCAUGGAGUUCUCAAUUAAUUAGCUCCAAGUCAAUCUGUAAUUCUGGAUGUUUAAUCACUUCUUUGUGUAUGGCUUUGAAUGGACGUGGUAAGACAAGCAUGAAUCCAGGUCAAUUCACACAAUGGUUGAAAUCAAAUAGAGGAUUGAGUGGUAAUUAUCUUGUUUGGGGUGCUGCAUCCAAGUUUGGUAUUUCCUAUCAUGGUAAGGUUAAGGGAACUUCAACUAUUUCUCAAAAGCUCUGUGCUGGAAACAUUGUCAUUCUCAAUGUCAAGAAUGGUGGACACUGGGUUUUGGCCACAGGUUACGAUCCAAGUACUCAAACUUUCUCAGUCAAUGAUCCUGGAAGUUCUACCAAGUCCAGUUAUCCUGCCAGAGAAGUUGUUCAAGCUGCUAUUUACAAUUAA